AGCAGACCUCAGUGAAAGGUGACAGUCGCGGCACAACAACCAGGCGGCGAGCAGUCAUGGCGCUCAAAGGUGUGCGCAAGUCUACCAAGAACCCUCCCAUCCUGAGCCAUGAAUUUGUUAUCCAGAAUCAUGCGGACAUCGUAUCAUGUGUGGCCAUGAUAUUUGUUCUGGGGUUAAUGUUCCAGGCUACAGCACCUAUGGCAUCAGUGUUCAUUGCAGUACAGCACAAUGCUUCAGAUAUGGAAACUGCAGAGGCCCCCAUGACCUACACAUAUGGUAGUAGGGAUACAGCAGCAGUCUUCUUUUACUGCCUCAUAUCAAUAGUGAUGCAUGCCAUCAUCCAGGAGUAUGUCCUUGAUAAAGUUAAUCGUAAACUACACUUGAGCAAAACCAAACACAGCAAGUUUAAUGAAUCUGGACAACUCUUGAUAUUUACUGCUGUUUCUGCUGCUUGGGGCAUGAACAUACUAGUGAAAGAUAAUCUAAUGGUGGACAUCACUUCACUCUGGGCCAACUACCCCAAUGGUCAUGCCCAAAUGUCCUUCAUGCUGAAAUUUUUCUUCAUCAUCCAGAUGUCUUAUUGGCUGCACUGUUAUCCAGAACUUUACUUCCAGAAGACUAAACGUGAGGAAAUGUCGGCAAAAAUUCAGCAUGCUUCACUUUAUCUGAUCUUUUGUGUUGCUGCUUAUGUAUUAAACUUCAGUCGUGUGGCACUGGUUUUGUUAACUUUGAGGUUUGUGGAGGAGGGACUCCUUCAUGUGUGCCGGCUCCUUUACUUUGCUGAGAGAAAUGCUGCUGCCAACACUGGUUUUCGUGUGUGGAAUGUGCUGUUUGUGGCAUGCCGACUGGCCAGCAUCAUUGUUGCUAUAUUAACUUUCCACUAUGGCCUAGCCACAAAUGAUGACCAGUCACUUGAUACCCUGACAGGAAAUUUCAACACACCAUUUAUAAGGUUAAAUGCUCUGGUGGCAGUUUGUCUGAUACAGGCCUGGAUGAUGUGGAAUUUCAUCCAUUUCCAUCUGAGGAGAAUGAGGGAACGGCAGGCAGAAGCCAUGGCAAUACGCAAAAAGGCUGCUGAGAAGAAGACCAAGAGAGGCAGGAAAGAUGACUGACGUGUUGGUGUUUCAGCAAAACGCAACUCGGAGGAGGAUGUGAGUGAGCUGCCAGAAGUGGACCAGCAGACACGCAGACGCAAGUGAGACCAUUAAGAAAAUGGCAGCAAUGGAGGAAACUUAAUUAUAGAUAACAGGAUGUUCUGUUGUUGACAAGUGAUAAAGGAUGGGGAACUUGUUAUUUCCUAUGUUUAGACUAACAUCAGUAUUAGGCUGUUACAUAAUAAAAAAGAUAGUUUUCUUUUAUAAUGUCAUAAUUUUGUUCUAGCUCUCUGAUGAUACCUAAGAUAAAACUUUUGAUCUACUUUUUAGUUACAUUUGAUUAAUUAAUUAAAAGGCCAUUACAAGAUUUUUUAGGAGAGUCACAGUAGUCUUGCCUGCAACUAUAUUAAUGAGCAACAUGAAAUAGAUGUGCAUUCUUGCUACCAUGAUAACAAUUGUUAGAUUGAUUACUUGCUUAGCUGUAGAUGGAACUUGAAGUGCAAGAGAUGUAGUUAAGGAAAGGUAUGUAUAUUUUUUAUAGCUGUUUGAAUAGUGGUUAUUGGCAGCAGCAAGACAGGUUGUGAAAAUAAUUAAAAAAUUUCCCUCCACUGUAUAAAGUAUACUUGCCCAUAAGUUGGACCUUGCUUCAUUCGCACAAUUCAUAAUACUCUGUACAUUUUAGCGUUUCCUGUUAUAAGUGUGUAAGUGGUGAAAACUAUAAAAAGUUGGCUACCACUUUGAAUCUCUCCGUUCCGAGUAUAGUCAAAAGGAUUAAUUCCUGACCUAAUGAAGGUAGUUGAGCAUUCCAUAUAUGUUAUGAACUAGUUUAUACUGAUAGACAACUUCUGUACUGGAGUAAUUGACACAAAUUUGAUGGGUACUGUCAGUCCAGUGUGCACAAAGAUUUUAUAUAAUCACUGGUCAAGUAGUCAUUAAGGAACUACUCUAUUCCAUUUGUAAACUGUACACUUGUGCAGAUUGGUGUUUUGAAUGAUUGCACAUGGAGUCUUUGUAAAUAAGAGCCACAGGUUGGUGACUAUGGACAAGUUUUGCAAGAUGCUAAAAUAGCAUUUGUAAAUACAUCAGUAGCUUUUAUUAUACAGUACUGUACUUUUUUCCCCACAUUUCAUAAUGUCUUGCCAAGACAUGAGCUGCAAGCACAAUAAUGUAUAUUUCCUUUUUGUCCAUUCGUUCUGUACUCGAGAUAUGUUUGUAUGUUUUACACAACUUGCUUAAGGAUUUCUGAUGUGUAGUGUGUGUGUAGUGUUAUAACUUGUAAAAUUGGUCUGGUAAUACUAGUUUUUAUAUCGACAUUUGAGUAGUGAUAGGUACUGGUGUUGCAGCUCGUCUUGUCUCAUUGAGGUGUUAGUAGCUUGACCUAGGUUUACAUUCUGCUUUUUUAUUUUUUUAUUUAUCUUUUGACAUGGUAAAUGGAAUGGUGUUCUCUGACCAAACUAUUUCCUAGUUUAUCUGAUAAUAGAUUAUGUUGAAUAUUAGGAUAAUAUGUACAGUAUAUGGAACUACUGUACAAUAUCUGAAUUUCAGGUAUACGGUACAUUUUGUAAAAAAAAAUUAUAAUUUCCUUUAGACGUCCACCACAUACAAAGGAAUCGGGUGUAACAGCUUGCAGAUGUUUUAAGAGUUUUAUGCUAAUAUUAUGAUGGUUUAUCACGGUCUGGGUGUUCAUGUGUGUGACUUCCACAAGAGAAUUACUAUGAAAACCUUUUUGCCCAAUAAAUGGUUGAUUACU